AUGUCUGACGACGACUUUAUGCAAGCCUCCGAUGAGGAGUACGACUUCGAGUACGAAGACGAGGAGGAGGAGGACAGCGGUGACGUCGACAUCGAGAACAAGUACUACAAUGCGAAGCAGACCAAGACAUCCGACCCGGAGGACGCGGUAGAAGAGUUUUUAGGCAUACCGGCAUUAGAGCCGGAAAAGGGUGAAUGGGGCUUCAAGGCUCUCAAACAAGCCAUCAAACUCGAGUUCAAGUUGCAGCGAUACGAAAAGGCCACCGAGCACUACCGGGAGCUCCUUACAUACGUCAAGUCCGCCGUGACCAGGAACUACUCGGAAAAGUCGAUCGACAACAUGCUCAACUUCAUCGAAAAGGGUGCCGACAACCCGGCGGCAGUGCAAUGCAUCGAGCAGUUCUACUCGCUCACAUUGCAAUGUUUCCAGAGCACCAACAACGAACGGUUAUGGCUCAAAACCAACAUCAAAUUAGCCAAACUUCUCCUCGACCGUAAGGACUACCAUGCCGUCGGGCGGAAGCUUCGGGAACUCCACAAGGUGUGCAAGAGGCAGGACGGCACCGACGACCCUAGCAAGGGCACCUAUUCGCUCGAAAUCUACGCUCUCGAAAUCCAAAUGUAUUCCGAGACAAGAAACAACAACCAGCUGAAGACCCUUUACCAGAAAGCGCUGAAGGUGCGCUCGGCCGUGCCACACCCCAAGAUCCAGGGUGUGAUCCGCGAGUGCGGCGGCAAGAUGCACAUGAGCGAGGAGAAUUGGAACUCUGCCCAGAUCGAUUUCUUCGAAUCCUUCCGAAACUAUGACGAAGCGGGCGACCUGCGGCGGAUCCAAGUGCUCAAGUACCUGCUCCUCGUCACCAUGCUCAUGAAGUCGAACAUCAACCCGUUCGACAGCCAGGAGACCAAACCCUACAAAAACGACCCGCGCAUCGCAGCCAUGACGGAGCUCGUCGACGCGUACCAGCGCGACGACAUCUUCAAGUACGAGGACGUGCUGCAAAAGAACACGGACCUGCUCGCCGAUCCCUUCAUCGCUGAGAACAUCGACGAGGUAACCCGCAACAUGCGCACCAAGGGCGUGCUCAAGCUCAUCGCACCUUAUACCCGCAUGCGCCUCUCUUGGAUUGCCGACCGUCUGCGCAUCAGCGAGCCCGAGGCCCAGGACAUCGUGAGCUAUCUGAUCGUUGACGGCCGGGUGCAGGGCCGCAUCGACGAGCACAGCGGCACCGUCGAGAUCGAGUCGAACGGGGAUGCCGAGCGCGCCAAGGCAAUCGAGGCCAUGACGGUAGCCGUUGGGGAGCUGUACGCGGCCGUUUUCAAUGACGCGGACGGUUUCCGCAUGGUUGGGGACAUGUCGAACUCUGGGCUUACUGACCCGCUAGGUGAAAUUGCCAGCACAUUGGGAUACCCCGACCGGGAGAGGAGUCGCGGUGGGAAAGCCGGGCGGGGCUUGCGUCGGCCAGGGAUGAAGGCUCUGGGGAUGGGCAUGUCCUGA